AUGGUCGUGUUUACGUGCUUUGUGGACGGGCUGCAAGUGCCCGUGGAGAAGCUGAUGACGGGAGCGCCGUGGAGGUCAUCAAGCACACGAGCGCAUGAACGAAUAUUGAGCAAGUCAUGUUCGCGUCUUGAAUCUCGACCAGUCACGGUACUUGGAAACGACAGUGGAGGCCCACGAUCACCUGUGCGGAUGGAAGAGCUUGGGUCGAUUGAUCUGCAGGCAACCGAAGUUGCGGCCACUCAGCGGUGUUUGCCAUCACCUGAUGCAGAGACUCGAUCGUCACCUUCAAGCUCAAUCUCGCCACUCGUACUCCGAAAUCGACUCCGACACAUUGCCACACUUGCAACGAUAUCGCUCCUGCUCCACCGGGACGAUGCGGUUCUGGCGUGGAUCGUUGAUCAAAACGUGGAUGACAUGUCGCGGUCUCGUGCCCAGGUCGAUACGGCCUUGGCUUGA